AUGUAUGGAGUCCCUUUUCCAGGUCCACCCGAGGAAACGGAGCUUUGUCCACACCUUGCACUUCCGGCCAUAAUGCGGCCAUUGCUAGGUCCUGAACGGCACUGCCCUUGUUGCCUACGACCGGCUGACUGCAAGGUUUCGCAGACAUGCAUGGCACGCAAUGAGCACAACCUGAUUCCAGGGUCCAGCGAAGCCCUAUCCGAAAAGGCAGCGUUUGAUACAGAGGUUCGCAAAGUCUUAGAGCAGAAGUUUAACCUAGAAGGACGUUUUGCUCAACUUGAUGCUGAAGGUGACAGCCCUGUAACCUGGCAGCAGGCUGCAGCGAAGGAGGCCAAAGAUAUUGUUUGGAGCCGACGCUUCAAGGUGAGGAUUGUCGACGCACCAGGGACUACUGAUGGUGUGGCUGCAGAAGCGCAACAUCGUCAAAACCGGGCAGAAGAAAGUCGGCUCAAGGCACGGGGACUGGCCACGGGAAGUGAGUUUAGCUCCACGCAGUCCAGUGAACCGAGCCACACUUCUGCACAUGAAGCAGAGAGCAGUGAUGACAACUCUGACUUGUACUUUCAGCGGCAAGAGGAUGAGGAUUCAUCCCAGCCGCUGGAACCGAGCCCAUGCUCGGAGGUAGGGCCUGGUUUUCCCAUGUUGCAAAUAGGAGAGGCUUAA